AUGGUCGGUCGCCGCUCAUCUCAACCUCUCCCAGCCUCGCGCGUAAUAUUCAGGUCGUCAAAGGACCAGCUUCUCGAAUAUGCCUUACACAUAUUAGUCGACUCAGCUCUGACGGCGUGCGAUCUGCAGGAUGAUCCGCAGAGUGCAGAUCCAACGAAGGGGCUUAGUGGCUUCGGACUUGUGGCUGGAGAUGCGUCACGUAUCGACUCGCGCGUAAACUGCUGA